AUGUCGGGGAGUACUAAAUACCAUAAAGAUACAAUCAUGAUAUCCUUACUUCAAAAUCUGUUUCACUCUCUAAGUGAGAUCGUCAGGUUAAUGAAACUACUUGAUGUUUCAAUUAACCAUUUCAUGAUUGAAGUAUUUCUUCGUCAGGUUAAUGAAACUACCUGAUGUUUCAAUUAACCAUCACAUGAUUGAAGUAUUUCUAACAGUAACUUACAUGUAUAUUGCACACUGUCUAAGUUCAGGCUAUUUAUCUUAACAACAAAUGUGGUAUUACUUUUCUAAUACAUUCCCCGUGGAAGAAACCGGAACCUCCGGAGAAAACUCACUGAUUUUCUCUUGUCACGUGAAGUAUUGAGUUAGGAAUUGAACCCAUGACCUCACAGAUGAAUGGCUGUUCUAAUAACUGUGCCACCUUUCCGUUGAAAACCUCGUACUCUAACAAGUGACGUUUCUGUCAACACGGACGUCACCCAAAAAUUGGUCCCUUCUUCAGAUCGCUAUUUUCUGCUGGACCUCGGUUCAUUAUUAAAGUACUGCAUAACGUUCUUCACUGUAAAUAUUUAUUCCGAGAUUGUUCCUUUUCAGCCACACAGUAGGAUUCACUCUUUGCUGGUUUUGGCGACGUUUGCAAGUCAUUGUGGGAGCAAUGAAAAUUUACAAACUGUGAUAGUUACCAAUUCUCUGGCAAUACAGACUUUGUGUGAGGAAGGGAAUAUCCAUGCUGCUGAACUGUUGCAGAACGAGUGCGAGGAGAUCAUAUCAAGACUAGGUGAAGAGUGUCGAGCGAUCAACAGAUACGUAUUUUCUGUUGCCAAAAGUCAGCUGUUUCUGUGCAAAGGAUUGGUAAGAUGUGAUUUAAUAUUAUCCCACGUUUUAUUUGUUAGUUUUCAUUUGCUUUAGAUACUUUUCGCGCAUAUAAACGGUUAAAUUAACGCUGAUUUUGUUUCCGGUUCCGGUCCUAACUUAAAAUAUUGAUUUCAGUACACCCCUAAUAUUUGUGUCAAUGAAGAAAAUGAAAAAAUAUCCUUUCCGUUGUCAAAAGCUUUGUCUAUUUUAAUCUUCGUCUAAAGAAUGAAAACAAUUGCUUUAUACGACCAAGCAUAGCUUUCAUUGUAAAAAUGUUUUUGAGGCUAAGUUAUGAAACCAAGAAUUAUGGUCAUGUAUUUUCGACCUUUGGAAUUUUUAGAGUAAUAAUAAACUAGCGUCCCCAACAGUGUCGAAAAUGUAACUUGUAUUAUCCAAAUGGAGUUCCAACUAGUUUCUGAAUGUCCCCAAUCAGGAAUGAAACCAAAGUCUCUGUCCAACUAUUGGGUGAUAGAGGCACACAUAAUUGUAUGUAUAGCUCAACGCUGUAUAUUCAAUCCACUUUAUAUACGAUGAGCUUACACAUAAGAUUAUGGGAUGAUGUUUUGCUGACCAAGCCUGAAAUGAAUAUUGUUUGUAAACUUGUCUUCAAUACAGCGAGCAAUACAGCGUGGGAAUUGUAGCUUGUGUUGUCCUCUUCCACUUUUCCUCAAGUGAUCUGACUCCAUUAGCGUAUAUUUUUUCAGUACAACGAGGGAUGGCAACUUGUUAAAGCUGUUCUAGAUGAGGCGAAGGGAAAUGUGGGAACCACAACAAAGUUUGUGCUUGUGAAAGCCAAGUUAUUGUGUGUGAGAUAUUUAUCACUUCCAACUUCAGUAUUCAAAGCAAGUCUUGAAGGUUUGUGUCUUGUUCUGUACUAUAAAUUCAUUUCUGCACGAUAUUAAAAAAAACCUGACUGGAUCCAAAUUUUCCGGUUAAGACUAGUUUUUCUGUUUAACAGUUUGACUGAUCUGACCAUACACCUUAAGUAACUUCUUAUGUUUCUAUUUUUAAGAUGCUGAUGGUUCCAACUAUUUUGACUAUUUAUCGGAUUCAAUGAAGUAUGCAGAGGCUCUAGUGAAACAUUUUGUCGAAAAUGGCGCAGAGGUUGAAGGUAAUGAUCGCAUUUUUUACAGUUUGUUGCCCAACUAUAUACACACUCUGUAAAUUCGGUGUUAAUCAAGCUCGAACAUUUAUCAACCAUCAUUCAAUUCUCAACUACUGCAAGUUUAUACAUGGCCAUAGCAUUAUAAAGUUAAGUUAAUGAAACAAGCAUCCGGACAAAACUUGUGGGCAAAAGGAAAGUUGUGCAAAGUCUCCUGUGCUCCCAAAGGUCACCCUCAACCCCAUAGCCUCACACAAAUCAAUGUAUUACACAAUGUAUUUUAAAGUAAACAAUGACCAUCACGGGGACCUUACCCCUUGGGUAAAGUCCAACAUGGGGGAACCACGACCCCCUGAGGACAUAUAAUUAUACUAGAAAUACAUGCAUGCAACAACCCCUCGCCAAUAUUUUCCAAACAUUGUUUCAACAAUCAACAUGAAGUAUUCGUAAUUACGCCAACACUGAACGCAGGCUCGCGUUGCCACGUCAUGUAAUCAUGUUAGCCAUGGCAACACGAUAAAUAAUAUACGAUUUUUUAAAUUUUUUUGUACAAAACUGCAAAAAAUAAAUGAAACUUGAACACUUUUAAAUACAGAACUAUCAAUUUCUAAAAUAUAUAAAGUAGGUAUAUUAUUUUGCUUUCUAUAGGCUUUAUUUUAAUGUAAAAUUCCACACGAAACUCUUCGUAAAACGUUUUUAAAUGUGAAUCGAAAUUAACUUUUUUUGCCGAUAAACUUUUCAACAAAAGUUAAAAAAUUAAGAAAACUAAUCAUAAUCACAAUGCUUUAAUAAUGAGUCUGUGGGGCGACACCUAGAAUUUUACAUUCCUGCAAUUUGUAGCUUAUGGCUUCACUUAAUUGCAUUUGAUACUCGACUACAUUUGAUACUCGGCUACUUUACUCUACUCUACUCUACUCUACCCCACUCUACUCUACUCUACUCCUCACGAUCAACAUUUGCAACUAUACAGUUACGUAUUUUUUGUCUUGUAAUUACCUAAUUAUAUCCAUAGUAUAUGCCAACAGAGUUCUUAGAAUACUCCAGAUUUUUAUCUCUGACCAGGUAUAAUUCUCACGCCUCUAUUCUAACGCCUGGUUCAGUCUGAGCUUCCCAUGAGUGUCAGUGCUGUUUUUGAAUAGCUGGAGGGUUAGUGUCGUACCUUACUAUGUGACUACUCACCCUCCAGGUAUUCAAAACAGCAUUGACACUCAAGGGAAGCUCAAAUUCAACCUCCACUCUUUGAGUGUGAGCUUUACAGGCGUUAGAAGUACACCGAUUCCUGGAAAGUGCUGGAACGUUGUAGUAUACCAAUAAUUGUCGUUAUUUUACUUCUCUCACUUACAGGCUUGAACAAUCAGAAGAAAGAACGUGCAGUUUUCUUAUCUCAUUGGUCUCUGCUAAGUGAACUGUCUUGUUGUUUUGUUAAACUCGGCAAAGUUUACUUGCUUCAAGGAGCUGUAAGAGAAGCAAAACUUUUUCUUCAAGAUGGCAGGGAGAUCACACGACGAUUUUUGUCUGCAAACAGGUGGCUUCCUGCAUUUUAUGUAUUAUUAUUAACUACUUUUCUUUUAAAGGCUCGUUUACACUUGCAAUUUUUACUGCGAUUUUGUACUUCUGAUGCAUGUGAACGAGUAAAUAAGUUUUGAAUGUUCUGAGUAUAUGUCACACUGAUGUCCCCUCAUCUAAACAUUCGUAACUCAUCCACUCGUUCACAUACAUCAGAAGGAGAAAAUCGCACCUAAAAUGGCGCCUUAAGGACACUCCAAACCUCAACAUAAAAAAUUUCUUACUAUAAAACCAUAAAUCAAGCAGAUGCGCAAACAAACAAACAAACAAACAAACAAACAAACAAACAAACAAACAAACAAACAAACAAACAAACAAACAAACAAACAAACAAACAAACAAACAAACAAACAAACAAACAAACAAACAAAAGUAGUAAUAUAGGGGCCGAUCGAUCCGGAUUUUUGUGGUGGUGGUUGUGGUGGUGGUUGUGGUGGUGUGUGGUGGAGGGUGUCCACCACCUCAUUUAUAAUUAAUACUCGUACAAAUGAGGGUGCGUAGUGACGUCACUCAUUAACAUACGUCAUAAUUAUAUGCAAUGACGUCACGCGGGCGAGCUUAAACACGAUCGGGCGAAACUUGCUGACUACGCAUUUUUUAGCGUCUCUCCGCGUGUAUGAUACAAAAGAGGGAUUAUAGGGGCCGAUCGAUCCGGAUUUUUGUUGUGGUGUGUGGUGGUGGUUGUGGUGGUGGUGUGUGGUGGUGGGUGUCCACCACCUCAUUUAUAAUUAAUACUCGUACAAAUGAGGGUGCGUAGUGACGUCACUCAUUAACAUACGUCAUAAUUAUAUGCAAUGACGUCACGCGGGCGAGCUUAAACACGAUCGGGCGAAACUUGCUGACUAAGCAUUUUUUAGCGUCCCUCCACGUGUAUGAUACAAUAGUUAGGGCUAUACACAAGAGAAUAUGUUGUUGUCUGGAGUUUUAUAAGUACAGCUCUGGCAUUUUGCUGUUAUUGUCAAGUGAUUCCUUUAAUUUAGCUCUUAGAGGAGUAAAAAAUCUGAUACUAUAUGAAAUAGCAUUAGUGUUAUAUAUCUAAAACUUAUAUAUUCGGGGUAUUGUUGAAGCCAUGACUUUAGAACACCGUAUUUGUAAUGAAAUCACUCUUUAUUUUCACGUUUAUUACAAAUGUAGUUUUGUACAGUAAGUUGCUUUCACGAGAAAGUUCAACUAACAACACAACAAUCCCAUCAUGCAUUUGUCUCUCAGUAUUACGUCAUACUAAUAUUUGGAUAA